AUGUCAACCGCUGACAGAGUCGUCAAAACUCCCCGAAAAUGGAUGCCCAACAACACAGACCCGUAUCCAGAACCGUAUACUUCUUGCACGAGAGACUGGCCAAGCGCAGGCGCGAUCGCUACCUGAUCAAUCUGGCCAGGGCCUACCAUCAAUUAGGCUUCAGAGUGACCUUCUAUACGUCCAGCUACAAUAGGGCCGAAGACUUGGAUGAUACCAAAUUCCUCGACAGAGUCAAAAUAAAACACUCUGGAUGGUGGAUCCCGAAGAGCCUGUUCGGCCUCUGUAGGCGCCCUUUUGCUGUUUUAAGAUCGAUCUGUAUGGCUUGCAAGGUGAUCCUGAACCCUCCAAAAGAAACCUCGGUUAUAGUUCUGGAUAUUAGCACCGUAGCGCUGUAUCUGCUGCACCUCUUUACCAGACACAAGCUGUUUUAUGUGGAGUCUUUUGAGGAGAUUCCUGAUGUCUGUGAGCAUACGGUUUAUUCACCGUCACUGUUGGAAGCGAAAUUCAUCAAGCUGGCAGACGAGAUCCUGGUGGAGACAGCCAUGUUUGCUGACCUACUCAAGAAGUCUUUUCCAGCUUUGGGCAAAGAGCCUACAGUGCUCUAUCCAGCCGUUGACGUGGGCCUCUGGGACUCCCAAGUGAUCCAGAUCGAACGGAUCAUUCCCGAUUUGUUGGAGAACACCAUCCUGUUUUUGUCAGUAGGCAAGUUUAAUAGGUCGUCGAACUUCAGAUUGGCCCUGGACGCUUUUGAGCUGUUGCUACAGAUGCUGGACGACUCCCAGGUGACCAAGAGGUUCCAACUAGUCAUAGCAGGCAACUGUAGGACCCUCAACGAAAAACUCUACUACAACGAAAUGGUUGCUUUGGCAAAGGACCGUCUGUGUGCCUCCCAGGUCAGCAUUCUAAAACAGCUUCCGGUGGUUCACGAGAAGACUUUACUGACUGAGUCAGCAGUGGUGAUUCACCCUUCAAAAGCUGACAUGCAGGCGGACUUCUUGCUGAAAGCGAUGAGCUUAGGGAAGCCUAUAGUGGCCACAAACAAGGGAAUAGCCCCCAGGAUCCUACAGAACAAAUUCACCGGGAUUAUGACGGAACCGGACCCUACAGCCAUGGCGCAAGUGCUCAAGAAACUGAUGAGGAGUCCGCAUCUGCAGUCGUUCUUAGGGGAGCUGGCCAGAGAUGGGUUUCAGAAAAAUUACAGUUACCAAAGGUUCUGCGAUAGGGUGGUGGAGCUAAUGAUGCCCAAGGCAACCGCCCUUAAAUACACGAAAUCUGAGAAGUCUUUGAUUAAUGACGGGGUUAAUAAAUCCAAUUAAUUAACGAG